GAGUUCAGAAUCAUUGACUCCCAGUUCUCAGUUCUUGGAGCAAUUUAUUUGCUGCUCAGAGGGGCUUGAAGAAAAGCUAGUGAGAAAGGACAUUCCUCCCGUAACACAGAAACAGUGCGGAGUCCAAGCCCCAUUGUACACAACUCUUCUAAGACUCCAUCUGCCCCUCUGGGGUUCUCUGCUCCCUCCGGGCCCAUGCUGAUGCCCCUGGGUGGGCUGCUGUGGUGGUGGUGGUGGUGCUGCUGCUGCUGUGGCUGGUACUGCUCUGGACUGUGCACCUCAGUCCCCCAAAUGUUGCGCCACCAGGGUCUCCUCAAGUGCCGUUGCCGCAUGCUCUUUAAUGACCUGAAGGUUUUCCUUCUGCGGCGCCCCCCUCCAGCGCCCCAGCCCAUGCACGGUGACCCCCAGCCCCCCAUUUUGGCGGCCAACAAUAACACCCUUCCGGCUCUGGGUGCCGGAGGGUGGGCAGGCUGGAGGGGCCCUCGAGAAGUAGUGGGCAGGGAGACCCCUCCUCUGCCACCACCACCACCUUUGCCACCUUCUGCGGAAGAUGACUGGGGUGGCCCAGCCACAGAACCACCUGCCUCACUGCUCAGCAGUGCCUCUUCAGAUGACUUCUGUAAGGAGAAGGCUGAGGAUUGCUACUCACUGGGCAGCAGCCUGGACAGUGGUAUGAGGACUCCACUCUGUCGCAUCUGCUUCCAGGGACCGGAACAGGGGGAGCUGCUGAGCCCGUGCCGCUGCGACGGCUCGGUCAAGUGCACGCACCAGCCUUGCCUCAUCAAGUGGAUCAGCGAGCGCGGCUGCUGGAGUUGCGAGCUGUGCUACUACAAGUACCACGUCAUCGCCAUAAGCACAAAGAAUCCUCUGCAGUGGCAGGCCAUCUCGCUGACAGUCAUCGAGAAGGUUCAGAUUGCAGCCGCCAUCUUGGGUUCCCUCUUCCUCAUCGCCAGUAUCUCUUGGCUCAUCUGGUCAACCUUCAGUCCCUCAGCAAAAUGGCAGCGCCAAGACCUCCUCUUCCAGAUCUGCUACGGGAUGUAUGGCUUCAUGGACGUGGUGUGCGUAGGUCUCAUCAUCCAUGAGGGACCCUCCGUGUACCGCAUCUUUAAACGGUGGCAGGCUGUCAACCAGCAGUGGAAAGUGCUGAACUACGACAAGGCAAAAGACCUGGAAGAACAGAAGGCAGGAGGCAGGACAAACCUCCGGACCUCCUCAUCCACCCAGGCCAACAUCCCCUCGGAGGGGGAGGAGGAGGAGGCAGCUGGUACCCCUGUCCCCGAGGAAGGCCCCACCCGGGCUGCCAGCCACCCCUCAGACCCUCUGUCCCAUCACCACUGUGCUUACACCAUCCUGCACAUCCUGAGUCACUUGAGACCUCAAGAACCACGGAGCUCCCAGGGCAGCAGUCGAGAGCUCGUCAUGAGAGUCACCACGGUGUGA